AUGUCUUUCUUAUCAACUUUCUUUACCUUACUAUUAAUCACAACAGCUGUUCUCAGCGCACCUACAGCACCCAAAGCAAGUCUCAAGCGGAGGUCAUUUGAGAUUCCUCGUGUUCGUCGCGCGAAUUACAUCCCCCAUGGCCCUGCAGCGCUGAGAAAGGCAUACGGGAAAUUCAACAUCACUGCAACACACCUUGGUCUUGAUGCUCUCGACUUUCAGGCUGUCAAGCAUCAUCCUAGCAGUACUGCUAACGCGGCAAACUCGACAGCCGGCAACGAAGAUGGAUCCGUUGCUGCUGUCGCGACUAGCGGCGACACUGAAUUCGUGGCUGCUGUGACCGUUGGCGGUCAGACCAUGAUGAUGGACUUUGAUACUGGAUCUUCUGACCUAUGGGUGUUUAGCACUGAUCUGGCCACCGCUGACCAAACGGGCCAUACUGUCUUUAAUGCAGCCAAAUCAACAACAUUUCAAACCCUAAAAGGCGCCACCUUCAGCAUCACUUACGGAGAUGGAUCUGGAGCAUCUGGAACCGUAGGUACUGACACCGUCGACAUUGGCGGCGCAACAGUCCAGAACCAAGCCGUCGAACUCGCCAACAAAGUCUCCACAUCAUUUGUGCAAGACACUGCCUCCAACGGUCUUGUAGGACUUGCAUUCUCAUCCCUCAACACUGUCAAACCAACACAGCAAAAGACCUUCUUCGACAACAUCGCCAGUCUGCUCGAUGAACCCGUCAUGGCUGCCUCCCUCAAAUCCGAUAGCAGCGCGGGAAGCUACCAGUUUGGAACCAUCGACACCACCAAGUUCACCGGUAGCCUGACCAAUGUUAGUAUCGACAAUUCCAAUGGCUUCUGGGAGUUCAACUCGGCUGCUUUUAGUGUUGGUGACAAUGGAACCAUGCAGGCCAUCACACAGUCCCCCACUGCUAUUGCUGACACUGGUACCACCUUGAUGCUUGUCAGCCCUGAGGUUGCCACUGCGUACUAUGCGCAGGUACAAGGUGCUCAGCUCAACAAUCAAGUUGGCGGCUAUAUCUUCCCUUGUGAUGCCACUCUGCCUACCCUUUCCAUUGCGGUGGGUGAUAACAACCUGGCAACCGUGCCAGCAUCAGUUAUUAACUUCUCCAAGGUCUCGAAUACUAUGUGCUUCGGUGGUGUUCAGUCAAAUGGAGGUAGCCAAUUCCAGAUUUUCGGCGAUGUGUUCUUGAAAUCGAUGUUCGUUGUCUUUGACCAGAGGGGCCCUUCUCUUGGUCUUGCCAGCCCGGCAGCUUAA